CGUUGUAAAGGUUAUUUUUGUGUCUUAGAUCCAACAAUAAGUCUAUUUUUUUCUAGUCUUUUCUAUCGCUAUGGAGGCUAACGCUGCCCAGUUAUAUUUUUCGCAGUUUUAACUGAGAAUGUCCGCUCGACAGAAGCACUUUUUAGACAAAUAAUCAGCAGAUUCGUAUUUCUGUCACUCCUACCCCUGCAGAGGAAGAGAGAUGGAGACCAGACUGUAUAAGGGAGAAAUGCCAGCUUUUCGUUAUCAGGCACGGCCCAUACACAGAGCACGUGAGAAACCCGCGUCAGUGACGUCAUGUCAUUGGCUCGACUCUAAACACAAACGUCUGAACCGUCCAUAUAAAGUGAUAUGGUCAAACGGAAAGGUCUUCAAUCAUCAACACUCUACUGAGCUAUUACUUUAAUUCACUUUGGUUAAUCGGUGGAUAAUACGAUCACUAUAAGACAGAGGUCUACACCCAGGAGGAGGGCGGGACUUCGGCGGAGUGAGACGCCCCUCUGUGUAUAGACGAUCUUUGCGGCAGCCGAUCGGGUUCAGAUCAGACCAGACCUCCUCCUCCUCCUCUCUUCCGUCGGAGGAGAUUCCCACUUUUUCUGCCUGAAUCCGGGAAUUUCGGAGUAGCCAUGGCGUCAGGCCUGUCCGGUGUUGUUGUGUUGGCCCUGUGUGUGUCUCUGGCCCCUCAUGUAUCCGGGGACCAACAUUGUAAAUCCUACAGAGAUUUGAGAAACAUUCUUCAGUCAUCCCAGUAUUGCAGGGUGGGAUUUUGCUGUGGUACCUGCUCCGAACGAUACUGCUGUCAGGAUUUUUCUCAGCAGCUCUCUGAGGAUAGACAAGAUGACUGUGAAGAAAACUCUGUCCUCUCUUAUUCCGAUCCCUAUUCCGAUUCCUAUUCCUCACCGUUGCCCAUGGUUUUUGGUAUUGUUGUUGUCGUCAUCGUCGUGCUCAUCUUCAUCUGCUGCUGUGUCUGUCCCUGCUGCUGCAUAUACAAGGCGUGCUGCAAGCCACAACCUGUGAUAGCCACCACCACCCACACCACAGUGGUCACCACCUCUCCUCAGCAGUACCCCCAGCAGCCGUCUGCAGCGCCCUCACAGCCUCAGUCUUACCAGGGCGGCCAGUAUCCGGGCUACCAGCCCGUACCGAUGCAGCCGGGGUACGGAACCCAGCCCAUGCCCCAGCCCUACGGAGCUCAGGCCGCGCCGUACCCGGGACAACCCUACACACCAGGACCACCUCCGACAUAUCAGGAAGCCACUGGCCCCGGCUACCCUCCCCACCCGAUGCCUUACAGCCAGGCUGCGUUCGGCCCGGGCCAGCCGGCGUACCCUCUGCAGCCUCCCGCCCAGCCGCAGCCCAACGCUCCGCCCGCGCAGAUGGACUACCUGGCCCAGCCUGCGUACAACCCCAAUUAUGUUGCACCCUAGACUGGAUUAUGGACCACGGUGCCAUGGUCUCAGCCGCUUUAAACAUGCUUGGCAGAACUGGAAAUGUGUGAUGUGAAUCGAGACGAGGGUUGUCCCACAGCGUCUCGAUUGACGUGUUUCGGUGGCUGAAUGUGGGUUUUUUUAUGACACAUUUUCAGUUGUUAAAGAGUUACCAGGUGAAAAUGCUGAUACGUCUCAGCUGGUAUUGCAUGGACUCAGAAUAUACAAGUGGUGAGAUCAGUUUUGUUUUUAUAUUUCUUCAUGGCUCCAUCAUAGUCAUCUUGGUGAAUGAAACAUAAAACCACUUUUGUCAUUCCCUCUGAACAUGCCUCAACAUCUCCUUCCUAGUCCUCGUCCGUACUGUGGCCGAACCUGCUCGGCCUCUUUAACUCGCCGUCUGCAGUGAAUGCCGUCACCUCAGUGGUCAAACAUGGGAGAAGGAGUUUCUGUGUCUGUGGCUGUAAACUGAGGAAAUGCUUUGAGUCUUUGUUUUUCAUGUGCUUUCUCUGCUGUUCAGGAAGGAGUGUUCUGCAUCUUACAUGGGAACAAAUCAAGUCCAAAAUGUUUUUUAUUUCUACUAAAAAUCAUAGAGAGGAUUCAUGUCAUUGUUAGAAGACCUGUGAUAUUCAGAGGGUGUGCAGGCAAAACACAUUUCCAUGGGAAUUAACAGGAAUAAACUGGAAAUUUGUGCUCACUUCAGCAGGACUACUGUAUCUGAGCCCACAGACCACAUCCAGUCAGUCGGUCUGGAUCAGAUAACUCAGCUCAGUAUAUUUGAUCUGUGCUGUUAAAGUUUAACGAGCAAAAAAUAACUGAAAACUUUAAAGCUAGUUAGCUGCUAAAUCAGAUGUGCUAAAUGUUAACUAGCUAGCAUCAUUUCAUGUAAGAGGUCAGCUAGCGUGAUGCUAGCAUGAUGCUAACUAGCUCCACUUCUAUAAAUCACCCCAAGUUUCCAGUUAAUUCCUUUAAAUUCCUGUUAAUUCCCAUAUAUUUCUGUAAAUUCCUGGAAAUUUUUUCCUUAUUUGCUACCCCAGUAUUAGACCCCCCCCCCAACAAAAAGGGAACACUGCUCAUGUCACUUCAACAGAAUAAGGAAAGUUCACUUUACAUUUUAACUUUGAUGUGUUUGUACAAGGGAGACUUUUUUUCUCAGGUUUUUUUUUCAUUCUUUGUUUCCAGUCGCCUUCUCACCGCUGUGCUCGUCUAACUCAGCUAAAAUGCAUCGGCAGCUUUGAAUCAGUUAACCAAAGGAGAUUCAUUUCUUUUCAUUCACAUAGUGUCGUCUAGCAGGUAAAGACAAAUGCAAGAAACAGUUGUGCCUUCUCAGCCGUAUUACCUUUAUCAGCAGCGUCAUUUAGAACACUUUAACACUUUAUUUUCUAUUUAUUCCUGAGUGUUUGUUUCUGAUUUUUAUAGUGUUACUUGUGCUUAACUGUCCUCAUAAAGACUUAGAUUUAAUCAGACCAUAAAUGAUGUUUCUCAGUGCUCCAUUUUUAACAUUACUGACAUCAAACUGUGUAGCCUUCUAACCGUAGUUCCUUUAAGCCUGGCUCACACUAAAAGAUUUUAAAAUCUUACCUGAUGUAGAAAAUGUGAGAUAGCACACACACGACGACAGAUAACGACAGAUUUCACAGUUGUGUUCUUAUAGUGUGUGAUGUGCAGAGAGAAGACCAACACAGCCACACCACACACACAGAUUCACCAACAACCACAGUCUGAACUCAUAGUGACUCUGUCUUCUGAUUGGCUAUCAUUCCGUCCACGUGACAAUCCACAGAGAGCGUGCUCGGCAGUGAUUUUUUUGAUUGUAAAUAUUGAACAUGUUUCGUCUUGAGAGCAGAUCAGGGAGGGUAGAAUCAGUCUGAACACACCUCACACCACAGGAGAAUCUGACAAGAUCAUCUUUACAACCAUCAGAUAAUCAGCCUGAUUAUCUUUUGUGUGUGAUACAACCCAAACUAUUCAUGUUAUUCUUAUACAGUACUGUGUUAUUUGCUGUGUCAGAUCAUAAGUUGUUUUCUGUUUCAUUGUGAUCGCUGUCGCCUUCAUUAGACGAUGGAACAGUGAGAAUCUGUAUCUAAAAGCUGAACAGCCUUCCUUCCUUUGCUCUGCUGGUGUUUUCUUUGCAGCGUCUCUUCCUCUCUCUGCUCACACUGAAUUUACUUGAAGACAGUUUUACUGAAGUGACCUUUCUCUCGUCGGUCGUCCACAGCUCAUGUGACAGACCGGAUCCUUUGAGCCACCCUCUUUAAAAUGCCAGACUUUCCAAUUUCCCCUGUCGAGGCUUUGCUUGUUGUCAAAGAGAAUAAACCUAACUCACUCUGUUAUCCGUGAGUAUCACUGGUACAUGGUUUCACAUCUGUGCUGUGGAUAUAAUGAGACCACAUGCCAGCUAAUAAAGCAGCCUGAUGCAGAGUAGUUUAUAUGUGAGGAAUGUGCAUGUGUUUCCUGUCGACCGAUUGAUUUUGUCUGUGCAUUUCAUGGUCGUCUUGGCUUUUGUCUCAGAUCUGUCUUGUGAUUUUUAGUCCUGUGGCCAGUGUUGAUUCUUCAAGGUGACUUUAGUUGGAGUGUUUUUUAUUUGUACGUGUGGAUUAUAGCCAUUCUUCUUCCAUCUGUUUCUCGUCAGAGAAUAAUCGCCAUCGAUGCUACUUUGAGAAUAUAUGUACAUGACUUUUAUUUUGUGACAAACCCCAACACUUAUCCCGCAGAGUUCAAUAAAAUAUAUAUUUUCUGUUUUCCCCAA